CAGUGCUACGCUGUGUCCCUCGGACACAGCGGAUCACUGAUCCAUGGAAAGAGCCAAAGAUGUCGGCUCGGUCAUGUGAUCAGCUGUGUCCAAUCACAGCUGAUCACAUGGGACAUGUACACAGAUCAUCAGAGCACUUCAGCGCCACCUGUCAGUGUCCAUCAGUGCCAGCUCUCAGUGCUCAUCCAUGCCACCUGACAGUGCCCAUCAGUGCCACAUCAAUGCCACAUAUCAGUGCCCAUCUGAGCUGCCUUUCAGUGUCACCCAUCAGUGCCAGUCAGUGCCACCUAUCAGUGCUGCCAAUCAGUGCCGCCUAUCAGUGCCUGUCAGUGCUGCCUAUCAGUGCCGCCAAACAGUGCCAGCCAGUGCCACCUAUCAGUGCCGCCUAUCAGUGC